AUGUCUGACUCUGUGGUCAUGAUGACAGGAAACCGAUCCCUCUGCACCAAAUUCACACUUGUGGCUUUUUCCUCCCUGGCAGAGCUGCGACUUGUCCUUUUCUUUGUGUUCCUCGCUAUCUACUUAUUUACUGUGGGAGGAAACCUCCUCAUCUGUCUGAUCGGGGUCACCCCUUCCCUGCACACUCCCAUGUAUUUCCUCCUGGCCAACCUCUCCUUUCUGGAGAUGUGCUACAUCACCAGUGUGGUGCCUCAGAUGCUGGUGCACCUGCUGGUGGAGCCCAAGAGCAUAAGUGUGGGAGGCUGUGCAGCUCAGAUGUAUGUUUUCACCAUCUUGGGACUGACAGAAUGCUGCCUGCUGGCAGCCAUGGCUUAUGACCGCUUUAUAGCUACUUGUUACCCACUGCAUUACACUCUCCUAACAGGCCCUUCUGUCUGUUUGAAGUUGGCUGGGGCAUCUUGGGUAACUGGGGUGGUGGUGGAGUCAGCCCAGACCACCUGGACCUUCAUUCUGCCCUUCUGUGGAGCAGGAAAAAUUCAGCACUUUUUUUGUGACAUCAUGCCUGUUGUGAAACAGGCUUGUGUGGAUACCUCCCAGAAUGAAAUAGUCAUGUUUGUUAUUUCCAUGGUCUUCAUUAUGAAUCCUUGUGUCUUCAUCCUGUGUUCCUAUGUGCGCAUUCUCGUGACCAUCGUGAGACUCCCCUCUGCAGCUGGCAGACACAAAGCCUUCUCCACACGUUCCUCUCACAUCCUGGUGGUUUCUCUGUUUCAUGGCACUGCCUUGUUCACUUAUCUCCAACCCAAGAGUGCCCACACCCCAGACACAGACAAGGCUACUGUGCUGAUGUACACGGUGGUCACCCCCGCUCUGAAUCCUGUCAUCUAUACUUUGAGGAACAAGGAGGUGAAGGUAACGUUUCAAAGGGUAACACAGAGGAAACUUCUUGGACAAAUGGCCUAA